CGCUGCCCCAGCUGUUUCCUGUUGAAAAUGUCUGUGUAAUGUAGAUAAAUGUGAGGGAUUUUCUCUCUAAAUCCGUCUCCUGUUCGCUAAAUCUCACUUCUCCAAAACGAGCCUGCGCAAUGGAACAAAGUGGGAAUAUUGAGAUGUGACAUUGCCCCGCAUCUCGUCCUCUUUCUUUGCCCCGAUUUCUUUUUUUUAAUGACUUCAAACAAGUUGCUCAUUUUCGCCGGGCUUCUUUGUCUUUUUGCGGAGAUCCGCGGUGAUGUCUAGCGCUGCUUCCUCUCAGUGGCAUUUAUGUGAUGUCCUCAAGGGUGCGAUGUGCUGUAUCUCCUGUAGCCACACCCUCUCACUACUGCUGUGCAUCCUCGCCCUGACUCCGACGGCAACAGGGGCGGGUCCGGAGACCCUGUGCGGGGCGGAGCUGGUCGACACGCUGCAGUUUGUCUGUGGAGAUCGGGGCUUUUAUUUCAAUAAACCAACAGGCUAUGGGCCCAGUGCAAGGCGGUCGCAUGGCAUCGUGGACGAGUGCUGCUUCCAGAGCUGUGAGCUGCGGCGCCUGGAGAUGUACUGCGCACCCGCUAGGACUACCAAGACAUCUCGUUCUCCUCGCGCACAGCGCCACACAGAUGUGCCAAGGACACCCAAGGUCAGCAACCCGGGACAUCGAGCGGACAAGGGCACAGAGCGCAGGACGGCGCAGCAGCCAGACAAGACAAAAAACAAGAAGAGACCUUCAUCUGGACAUAGUCAUCCAUCCUUCAAGGAAGUCCAUCCGAAAAACUCAAGUCGAGGCAGCUCCGGGGGCAGAACUUACCGAAUGUAGGGAAGCGUCGAAUGGACAACACCAUAGGAAGAGAGAAGGGAGUGGCCUUACCCGGUACCCCUGUGGAAUGGUUCACUGUAUAACGAAACGAAACUAAAAAUGGCCUAAAAGCUUUAAAACAUUAGAAAAGUUGAGUUAAAAGGUUGGAUGAGGGUUCUUGUGAUCAUCUUAAACACUGCACCAUUCCAUAUCGGGAGGAAAUCUUUGUUAACUCAUUCUAACAGACUAGUUUAGCUGCUAAAACACAAUAAGAGCUUGCUAUACCUCCAUGUUUAAACAGCAACAACCACCUUCCUCGGCUCCAGAGAAGGUGGGAACGUCACCAAACAGGAAUAGUUGGUCACAUCCUUUUCACUCUUCUGAUUGCUUCUUUGUCACAGCCACAUAUAGCAGUUACUAUCCCUGUUCAAAUUCAAUUUUAUCUUUAGCGUUUGUUUUUAUGCACUAUGCAUUACUGUGGAUAUGUUGUUUAUCUGAAAGACCAACACCAUGUUGUUUAUUGUCGGUCUUUUAAACGUUGCUGUUGUUAAUUUUCUUUCCAAGCCCCACUUAGACCACAACUUGUAGGUUUUAGUUGUUUUUUUUUUAAUUCAGCUUUUCAAUCAACCCAAGAUUUCUGACUUCUCAGCUUAUUGUGGUUGUUUAAUGAACAGAAAUGGGUCAGUCAGUGGAUUCAAAGUUCAGCUGGCGCAAAUGAGAGCGCUAAUCAAAUAGUGACAAUCAGCCAUUAUGUUUGUUUUCUGUGUGCUUUUCACAGAUCACCAGUUUUUCCUGAUCUGAUUGCGAAAACUCCAACUGCCUGGAGACAAACAUUUUGUACAAAUCAUAAAUGGUCAGUUUUUUUAAAGUAACUGAGCCAAGAGCAAAGAUUAAAGCAAAAAACUGAAAUAUUGGAACUAUAUUGGAAAAUUAACUGUACCGCUAUUUUUAAAAUUAAUCAUUUUUAUUGGACUUUUUUUAUAUUAUAAAUCACCGCAAAGUUGUAAAGUAGGAGAAUCCUGCAGGUCUGUCAGGAUGUGUCCCUACCUGCUUUGCAUGACUUCAGACUGACAGUUACAUCAAUUUUAAAAUUUUGCCUUUAUUAUAAUUUUUUAUUUUAAACUUUGACUAGACCAUUCCAAUAACUCCUCCUCUACUAGUUUACCUGUAAAUAGGCAAGUCGCAAUAACUAAUUUUUCUGUUCGAUAAAUUGCCCACAAAAGUUAUUGCGAUAAACGAUAAUAUUGUUGUUUUGAGACCGUUUUCAACUAAUGUGAGAACUCAUUUUCAAAAAUCAAUAAAGAAAAAAACCAGAAAUAACAAAUAAAGGGAAUAAUAAAGUUUCUAAUAACAAAACUGCCCUUCAAAAAAAAAGUUAGUUGAGACCAAAUUGAAGAUUUUUGUCCUCCAGCUUUUGGUGAAAAAAGAGAAAAACUAUCAAUUAUUCAACUGGAAAUGAUUGAGUUUGUUUAAAUUUAUCAUACGAAUAAUUGAUUAAUUGAUUUAUUGCUUACUGCGGCAGUCCUGGCUACAUCCUGAUUGGUUCCCUGAUCCUGCAAAAUAAAAUCAUGUACACAAGAAAAAGAACAAAAAUCCCAAAUUUCUUCUCAUCUGACUUACUCACAUGCUUCAUUCCUUGUGUGGCUUUUGGCAAACUUAAACAGGGCUUCUUUCAGAAAUCAGUUUCUCUGUGCAACUUUUCCAUAAAGCAAAUAUUUGUAAAGACCACGACUAGCAGUGACCCUAUCAACAGAUUCUUUGCAUCUCCUCCAGAGUCAUUUCAAGACCUGAAUACAUGUGCACACCACAACUUUCAAGUUUUUGUUUGUAAACAUUCAGAAAAAAACAUCAUUUUUCCCAUUCCUCAAUUCUAUUGGUUAAAAUCCCGUGAAGUUUGUGGCUACCACAUGAUAAAAUGUAGAGAUUUAGUAAAGUUCAGUCUAAUUAUCACUCUCUGAUCUCUUAUUUAACGGAGAACAAAAAAAAAUCCUAAUGGUAGUUUAGGCUUGGAUUGUAUAAUUUGAUACAAUGACAACCAAACAGCACAGCAUCCGUUUCAAAGUCCACUGGGAAGUCAUGCAAAAUAAACUGGUAAACAUUACCAACCGACGUCUGACGGGGGAGAUGCAACAGUACACAAUUACACUUAUAAAUAAUCCAAAUAUGAGUAAGGGUCAAGAUCACCUUCACAAAUUUCACAAACAAGCCAGUUCUGAGAAGACACUGCAUGAUAAUUGACAGGAAACUAUUUUUUUGUUUUGUUUUUUUUGUGUGAGCCUCCCUGAAAACGCCCCAAAGAUGGCUCAUAUCUGGCUCUGUCUCCUCUCUCUGUGUAUAAUCAAACUGUACUCCCAUUAUGUUAACCUAUGCAUUACUAUCACUCAUUGUACAUGAUGGUUUCAUAUAGCAAAACUGUAUUAAAAAUCCUAUCCACUGUAUAAUGGUGCUAUUUUAUAGUUUGGUACUUGCAAAGAGAUGGCUAAGACAGACGAAUGGCAGGGCUUACAUUGGAGGUCUUCCCUUUUGCACAGCCUUGUGGCCACCAUGUUAAUAGUGAUUUUAUUUGUAAGCAGUUUCAGUAGUGGAAGCAAGUAAAUGUAUCUGUGUGAUCUCUGUGAAUGCAUGGAGAGGAAAAUGAGAAAAAAGGAAAAUGAGUAUACAAUGUUGUGGCCCCAAGAAGGCAAAAUGCUAUUUUUUCUACUAUUCUUAAAUUAUUUUCUCAACACAAAUCAAUUUUGCCAAAUGUCUUGAGAAAAAUACUGUGAUUCUUCCAGUUGUGUUUAAGCUUGUUAAAGGUCAUGGUGUGCUUUUGUCUGUCCAGAGUGUGUGCGUGUGUGCAUAUGCCUCCCUGGAAGCCAAAGUAUCAAAUAUUAGGGGAACUCAAAGUGGGAUUAUGCAACUUUUGCUUGACAUCGUCUAUUGUUGGUAGAAAGCAAUUGCAUUUUGUUCAUGAUUAUAUCGUUGCCUGUAAUACUUUAUUUUAUUUUUUUAUAUUUUGCAUGAUCAUAUUUAAGGCAAACUUCUUAAAAAUAUUUUCAUUACCAAAAUUACUUCAAUUCAGUAUGAUUUUGCUGUCAUGAGAAUCCAUCCGUAUUUUGAGAUUAUACAUUUUGUUUUGUAUUAAAAACCAGAACUUCUACCUUUGAAUGGAUUGGGACCUAAACAUACUCUGAUUGCAAGAAAACCUAGAACUGGUUGCUCAGCAACAAAGAUAACUAAUAUUAGCUUUAAAAAACAAACUCAAAAUGUGUUAACUUAGGCUACCUUCACACUGCAGCCUAAAGUGACCCAAUUCCGAUUUUAUUUUAUUUUUUUUGUCUAAUAGUAUUUUUUCGGCGUGGUUGUUCACUCUUCCAAAUAUAUGCGACUUGUAUUCUUUAGCGUGGACUGUAAACGACCCGAAAGUGUCCCGCAUGCGCAGUAGAGGGCGCAAUAACGUCACAAAUAGAGUGCGUGCGCAGUGUUCUGCCAACCGCCAUAAAGAGGAAAUGCUCAGUGUUUGCGGAAGUAAACAUGGAUGCUAGCUUGGAGCUUAGCUUACAAUAAUGGAGCAAGCACAUUAACAACUUCUUCCUCAUUAUGGUCCGCCAUGUUUUUCUUCCCGCUUGGACGUAUCACGACGCAGAAUAGUGACUUUUGUCGAGUAACAAUGACGUUCAGGUAGGCCGUUCAGAUUCUGAUCACAUUUGAAAAGAUCGAAUGUAUAUCGGAUAUCCAAGUGGCUCAUGAAACGAUCAGAUACAGGUCACGUUCAGACAAAAACAAAAAAAAAAAAAAGGAUUUGGGUCGCUUCUGGUACAAGUUAAGCUUUCAUUAGUGGCAGCCAUAUCAGAUAGAUUGAAGUCUUGUCCCUUUAUUAUUUUUGCAUAAUAACAUGGAUGGUGAAGAGUUGUGAUAAAAUUCCACCGAACCAUUUAAUCAAAUAAUUCAGCACUGAUUAUGGGGUUAGGCAAAAAGUUGAGAAAUAAUUUUAUUUUAGGGGGUUUUCUUUCGCUAUACAUAACACGGGAUCAGUAGAAGAUUUAUAUUUCAGCUAUUAGCUCAAGUUAGCCGAAAACAUAUUGCGAAAACGGCUAGCAUAGCGUCGUUUGCCCAAAGCAGCCCGAAAUUUUUAGAAAAUCAAUCAUCAAUUCUCAUGGACAUUGAUCUAAAGGGAACUGAAAAUGUUGGGAACAUUUGUUUAGUUAUAUUUUUUUCGUCAACUUUAGAACCAAUACACUUUCAUAUCUGUUAGCGUCAGCUAAAUUUAGCCAAAAGCAUGCUAGAAAGUCUCAGUGUAGCUUUGUUUGUUUUUGGAAGCCUCAAAGAUCCUAAGUUAAUAAAAAAAAAAAGAAGCUGCAAACAUCCUAAAUAACUUGACACCUGACAUCUUCAUGAUAUUUUGUUAACCAAACAGCUAUUUCCUUCUUUGACGUCUAUGCUAUGCUAACUGAACUAAGCUAUGUAAGCUAACCAGCCACUGCAGCUUCUUCUAUAAACAGUCAAGCACAUUCAUGAAACUAUUUUAGACUUCUUGUUAACUUUAACAUUUAUUUUUCAAAAUAAAACAUGACACUUUCACAUUUAUUAGUAGAUACAUGCUUAAUUAAUGUUAUUUUUUACAUAAAUUGUAACAACUGUAGCAAAUGUAUUUGCAAAUGAAGGGGUAAAAUUGCUAAAAUAGCUAAACAGUGGAGCCUUGGUACUAGCAAAUGGCGCAAAUCAUUUAGACAUUUCCACAGAAAAAGUCCUCUUUGAAUACUGAACCACAAAUAAGCACUAAUUUAGGCAAUUAGGCUGCUUGUAUAAUUUUGGUUAAACAUUAUGAUUCCCUGUACUUUCCAAAUAAAAAAAAACUUGUAUUUUAACAGCAGCUCAAAUUGCUAGUUAAGAUUUUUACGCAUGCACAAAUCAACAUUUGCAUUUUUAUUACCAUUUAACAAAAGUUGCAUGGUCUCACUUUCAAAGUCACAUAAGGUUUUAAAUAAUUUACUGAGAAAAAAUGUGACUUAAUUUUAGAAGUUCAGGAGCAGGAUUGCACCUCAAACACCAAAUUUCUAAAAAAAAAAAAAAAUCAUAAUAAAACGAUUGCUUGCAUCCCCUUGAUGGCACAGUCGUUGCUCUUGAACUUCAAUAAAUAACAUUAAAGUGUGUGAAUCUUUUGCAACGGUUUUUAAUGUUCUUUUUAAAGUAUACAUUUUAGCCCAGGUGAGUAGGGUGAAGUAAAAGCUAGAUGGAGAAAAUAUGUUCUUCCUUUAGAUAUACAGUACAUACCAAAGACUUUUUAAAUAAAUUAUAACUCAUGAAAAUAUAACUAUAGCAUGAUUCCAUUGUUAUCUCGACUCCACUGCAGUUUAAUGCUUAAGUAUCUGAAAUAUGGCUAGUGUUGUAAAAAGUGAAAGUGCGAAUGAACCAGACAGAAAUCCCUUUGUGUAUAUGCCAUAUUUUAAGGAGCAAACCACAGAAACGACUUCAAAUCAUCUGCUUAUGAAUCACUCGAACAUUUCAAUCUGUCAGUUGUGUGAAACAAUCAAAAAGCAUGGGAGGACGUGUGUGUGAGUCAUUCAUGACUCCCUGAAGUGUUUAAUGAGUAAGUGUAUUUUCCUGAAGCUCACUGUCCAAGAAACUGUUUAAUUACAGCCCUGUUAUUUAUGGUGCUUGAUUGCCUUCUGUAGGAAAAAAUACUGACAAACUGUUCACCAUUCCUGCUGAAUAAACCACUUGUCAACAUCACA